GUGAAACUGUAUGUACUAAUCUGUGGUGUGUGAAACCUUUCAGAGUGAGGAAAGUCACAAUCACUUUCUGACAGUUUGAAUUGUUAACUGAAACAUUCAUUGGAUUUAGUGUUGUAACAUAUGUGUAGAGAUGUUUUGUGUUGGAACACAAGGAGAAAGCUUGUGUUGUCUGCAGGAGUUAGUGUGUGGUGCCUUCAUCAGACUAGACAUACAGGUGGUAAUGGGAGGUCUUUGAAUCUAAAGGAGUCGGCCAUGUUGCCAUGAUACAAGAGUCUAUGACCUGAAUGACCUUGACCUCCAUUUCGGGGUUACAUGUGAGGCUGCAGUCCUGGAUGGGGGUUGUUGGCCUGUUCAAGUAACCAUGGCAACAAUCAUGUCACAGUAACAUGGCCAUGUUGAGAAACGUUUUUGGAGGCUGUGUAUCUGACAGAAGCUCUGAGUCCAUGCGCCACCAAAAGAUCAAGUUUGGAGCUCCACUCUCCCACAACAUUAAAAAUGGGUACCUUCCAGUUCCUUUGGUGGAAAUACUUAUAUACAUCGCCCAUGAAGGCAUGAACACGGCCGACCUAUUCCGACGACCAGGGAAUCCGUCAGACACACGUCACAUUGUUAAGAGGAUGACUGAAGGCAAGCCUGUCAUCUACCAGAACUACAACAUGUACACACUGGCCUCUGUUGUCAAGAAGUUCCUGCUGCGUCUGCCUGAUGGAAUAUUUGGCCAGAAUGGCGAGGAAACCCUGUUGAGUGUUCUCAGUCUGGGCCACAAGAUGGAGCAGUAUGAGGCUGUGCAUGAGUACAUCACCUCCCUACAACAAGCACAUCAGCAGCUUGUGUCCCUGCUGUUCGGCAUCUGGUUCACUAUGAUCAACAACUGUGACAUCAAUUUCAUGACGACAGAGGCGUUGUCACGCAGUGUUGCGGGGAGCGUGUUCCAUUCUUGUGCCGCUGAUCCCGGGAAGGUGGAGAAGGCAAGCCGUAUCAUGCAGCUGCUCAUUGAGAACUUUGGUGUGGCCAGUAUGUUCGGACAGCAGAACAUUGAGUAUUUUGCCGAUACCACUCGCACAGGGAUUCAUAUACGGGAGAAAUUCCGCUAUGAAUUCCAAUACCUUUCAGAGGAAAUACUACCUCGUGAUCAGGCGGUACAUUGGUAUUCCCUGUUCCUGGUCCAGGAGGCUCAUCUACGAGCCUUCCACCCAGUAGAGCAUGCUAUAUCUGAAGAAGGUUUUUAUGAGAUGCAUGCUCAGAGAGAGGGUGUACAUGAACCCAGUCAUACACCAGAGCAUUCACCAGAGAUGGACCCAAAAUAUCUGCUGUGCCCACGGCGCGAUGAUGACGAGGAUGGCGACUCGACUUGCUCACGCCUUAUGGCCGCCUCUACUAUAUCAGCCCCUGAAGUGUCAUUAGCUCCCUCCCCUGGUAACAUUGGCAAGAGACCAAAAUCACUAGAAGACAAUUUAAAUGAAAGCAGUUCCACAGAGCCUCCACCUAAGGGAAGCCUUAGCAGAUUUAAUUCUGUCAAGCGCAAACAGUUGGAACGAUUACGUCAGAGAUCUGAUUGGUUCCUUGGACCUGCUAAUGGCCAGAAAUCGAGUAAUGGCCAAAAGUCUGGCCACUCAGGGACCUCAUUCCCACAAUACACCCGUGAACAUGAAAGACUUGUGGCAAAAAGUUCAGGGAAUUCCGUAACUAAGGCAUCUUCUGAAGGAGCUGCGCUUGAUGUCAUGUCGUCUGAUGUAGACAGUGUGUUUUCCGAAGAUAGUCGUAGUGAAUCGCCUGCAUCAGAGCCAAUACGGACUCCGCCCAUUAGGGUUACGCGUGACAUCAUCCACAGUGACACUAUAGUGGAUACACCCAUGAUGGACAUGAGUGCGAGUCGUGAGUCGCAGGACCUCAACAUGGACGAGGAUGAGGAGAUGGUGGAUAGCGAGGUGUGCUACUUUGUGGUAGAGCACAAGUAUGGACACACUGAGUCCUAGCGCUCAACUACAUUCAUAGUGUUCACAGUUGAUUCCUUCUAAUAUAUUAUUAGUUAUUAUUAUUGUAUCAUAGGGAAGGCUUUGACAGUUUUUUCCAGACUUAAGUGUAAGUUUUUUCCCUUUUUAAGAUUCUCGCCAUUUAAGACUGUAAACAUUUAUUUAAUGUACUCAAGAGAUUAUGCUGACCCGUGAGUAUAACAGUUUUUUAAGAGACAUAAUAUUAUAACUUUUAUUAUGAUGGGAUUUUGUUUUCUCUAUGUAAUACCUAGUGCGUUCAACAAUUUUAUCUGACAGACAUGUUUUUACUGUUUUACAUUUUAAAUGACAGAGUGGGAAGGUGUCCGGACCAUAGCGUAAUGAUAUCAUACACUAUAUUACACGAUCUAACAUUUUACCUUAUAUUUAUCGUGUUGCAAAUUCUUUUGCUUUUUACUUUGCUGUUUGCAUAAUGUAGAUAGUGUUGCUGUAGCUUAAAAUUCUUCAAAUUCCUUUCCUUCCGAAAGAUUACAACCUCAUAAAUUAUAUAAGUACUUGGUUGUGUUACUAGUUCUAACUAGAUGUUUUGGUUCAGAGGAGCAGUCAGUGUUGUUUGUGGGAGAAAAAGUCCUGUUUAAGGUUGAGGCAAUGAUGGACCAGAUAGGAGAAAUACUGAUAGAAGAUUGAACCGAUAAGCAUGGCCUGGGACCACAAAACAACAUCAAUUUUCUUUAUAUAAAAAUGUUUUAAUAUUUGAUAUUUAGCGUGAUUUAAAAAAAUCUUUAAUUUUUUUUACCGCACAUUCUCAUGUUUCAACACCUUAAACAGUUAGCUCCCCUGAAACAGAAUUCUCCUUUCCUGAAAACACUGACUGAAAGAUCUCAACAAGUGCAAUAUAUGCCUAAAAUCAUUUGAAAUGUGUUUUAGAAAGUCCCUUGUGUUAUGAAUAAACAUCCAUGUACAUUUGUUUUAAAAAGCUUUUUUUAGUAUACAUUUCUUGAUGUGUUCUAGAAAAAAAUAGACUGUUGUCUUCAAGUUCGGCAGCUUAUGAUUCUCAGCAUAAAAUCAGUUUAUCCAUUUCUUUAUUAAUAUUUUUUCUGUAAUAGGGAAAAUACAAAAUUUUUGUAGCUGAUUAUGAAAAUAAGUUUGAUUUUCACAAAGAAAUUGAAACAUGCCUGAGAAACUACAACAUCGACUGCAGACAUCAUUUAGUGAUAUAAUGGAUACCAAAAUCAAUUCAAGUGUUCUACUCCGUGGAGGUAUCUGGAGACCUAGUAAAGCUUAGUCAAUGUAGUUACAGUUCUAGGUUGUUUACGCCGGAAUCUGGAAACAUUGUAUUCAUGUGGGGUAAAUGCAAUGACAUUUGUACAGGUGUAGAUACUGUACACAAUCCUUACCUAUACUGUAGUGAAACACUUCUCCAGGUAUUUAGUUUGAAAACAAUUUUGUUCAAAAUCAUUUAACCCUUUCACCCCUCUGUAACUUAUAGACUCUACCAUGCAUCAAAAUGGAUGAGCCCAUUAUGGUCUAGAGUGGUGAAAGGGUUAAGAAACUGUUAACUCAACCAUAAUUUUCUGGAAAAUUUAGUCAUAGAUUUUAUUUGAAAAGGCUCAAAUCAAAUUGAAACUUUGAUAGUUUCUUAGUCAUAAAUUACAAGUCAUUCUUCAUUGAACAAAAUCACAUCUUGCCAUGAUCAGUUUAAUCAUGAAAAACAGUUGUUUUUGGAAACAUCCAAUGAAUUUUUAUUUUGUUUACUUUUAAUUCCAAUUAUAUUUUAAAUGUUCAAAACACUAAGUCACAUACCAUAUUCAACAUAACUAGUGCUCCAGUAUUUGAAAAAAAAGUUGUUCAAUCUGCUUAUUUCUCAAUAAAAUUUUGUUGGGACAUUCAACAAUAUUCACUCUGAAAAAAGUUUCAAAACACUUAUCUGCCUAGCAGUAAUUUAAUUUUCAAUAUUAAUUCAAUGUGAAAGACAACCCAUCAGACAACAUAUGAAUAAUACUGGUCAAGUGGGGGAGGGGAACUUAGUCAAAGCAGGGGCUCUAAUUACAUGUAAUAUGGUAUCAUUUUUUAAAUUUUUAUCUAAGCUAACACAUAGAUGCAAUAAAUAUGUAGAUGUAUUUUGCUAUUAUUUUUUGUUUUGUUAUAUGCAGCUUGAUCAAGUCUUGCUGUUAGUUUUGUUUAACCCUAUAAGUUUAUGUUGUAUUGUUUAUAGAUACUGCAAAUUAGGACUCUAUCAUUGUUUUUGCUGUCAUACUUUUUUUUAAUAAAUAAACAUUGUAGAAACAUACCUUAAUGUGACAAGUAUAAUAUCAUUUGCUUAGACCUAUGAUGACCAAAAUUCAAACGUUCAGUAUUGUUUAAGCACACUUUUCAAAACUUUCAUGGGGUAUACUGUAUAUUGGGUUGUUUAUGUGUAAUGCAAAGUCGUUUAGAAUUAAAAUUUCUGCAUUUACACUUUCACUGUUUUAUCCCCAUACUAUUACUGUUAGGUCAGCGUGUGGUAUUUUUGAUGUGUGAUUAAAAGUUUGCACAAUUGUUUUGCAAUUUUUCAUCAAGUUAAUAAAGUGAAAUUUGACACUUGCAAAAUUACUUGAUAUACAAUAUUUCCUAAUUUGCAGUACCUAAUCCAGAAAACUAGUCAGCGUGUAGCUUAUGUAGAUAACUCCACUCCAUGUCAUCCACCCUUAGCUGAUUGUUUGGGGACUUUAGAAGUUUUUAGUACUUAUGGAUACCUCCUGCAGCACCUGUAAGAAAAAAUACCUGGCUAAAAUGAACUUAUUUGAACAGCUUGUCAUGAGAGAUUUUAUAUAUGAAAAUCAAAAUGAAAUGACACAGACCCUGCAGUUAUUAUGAUUUUAUGUUACUGUUGAUGUAUAUUGUACUGGAUAUUAAGAUUUGCCUGUAAGCUUGUAGUCAAACGUUGAGAAUCAGAUAUCUGAUUUAUUUUGUCUUUUGAUCUUAGUUAAACAAAAUAGGAAAUCAUUCGCGUAGCUGCAUGUGAAGAUAAGGCCUUUUAUUUGAACAAAGUUUUAUCAAAAUCAAUUAGAUAUAUUCUGGUACAGUGAUCAGAUUUGUCAGAAGUGUAAAAUGUAACUCAAUCUUAGGAGGUAGAUUUUGUUGAAUAAGAGGCCAUGAUAUGUGAUAUCGUCUGUUUACUUGCUUGCUUUGGUUGCUGAGUAGUUGUACUCUGAGCAAAUAAUCGUAUAAUGUUGUAAUCUGUCUCGGUAUAAUUUACGAUGUGGCAGGGAAAUCAUGAUGUAUAGCAAGUCCCCUUAAUUAUUUUGUCUAAUUUUAUCUUUGAUGUAUUGUCACUCUUGUUCAAAUUUUUACUAUAUACUUAAAGAUUUCAUUACAAAUAUUCAUUUUAUCAAUACAAUUUAAAAAGGAAGCUUUCAAUGUGAAUGGAAGCAUAUGUUAAAAUGUAAAAGGAUACAUUUUUUCAUUAGGUUGAUAUAUGUUUCAUACAAUUGUCUGUUGUAAAUGAAUGUUUUAAGAGAAUAUAUUUGUUUUUUAUUCAGUAUUCAGUUGACACAGUGUCUCUUUGUAACCCACAUAUAUAAACAUACAUGUUCAGUUGAUUGUAGAGCGUACUACAGAUACCCUACUCUAUGUCCUAUACAGCUCUACUACAGCUUAUUACAGAACCUACACCCUUACACAUCAGGCUAGAACAGGCUACAUACAUGCACACCUUAAAUUUAUUUUAUAUAAAAUACUAAUUGUAUACUUUUCCAGUUUGAUAUUUUUUAGAAAAGCUACACCCAAACAGAAGAUUCUAGAAUGGGUACUGGUUGUUGGACUCUCCAACACUGGCACUCUUAUAGCCUAUUUCGGCAGCAUUCAAGCCUGUACAGUCUCUUGGUGUGGUGAGGUCACUUUCAUGUAAAUUUUGUGUUGCUUCACGCAGUUUUAGUAGUAACGCAAAACCUGAAUAUUGCUGUCACACUGCGUGGGUCAUCGCUUACAGUAAUAGUACCUAAUUAAUAUAUUUACUCUGUUGCUGUCACACUGCGGGGUCAUCGCUUACAGUUAUAGUACCUAAUUAAUAUAUUUACUCUGUUGAUGCUUAUGUAAUUAUCAGUUGUAUGGUUUUGUAAAUUAGUGCAUGUCUACAGACAAGACAUAGAUAAUAUAAACUUAAUAUUAAAUGGCAAUCGAUGCACAUGAGCAAGCAAAGCUGGGCAGUACAUGUGAAGAUCCUGACUGUGGCUAUCCCAGGGGAGGUAACUCUGUUGGUACAAUUGGUUUUUCUUCAUGUAGCUUCAGAAAGGAGGAAAUAGCUUUUUUGAUCUGAUGGAAUGGACAUUAAAACCAAUUGAACAGUUAUAAGCCACAUAGCAUGUGGGAAAAAGAAAUAUAUAUCCUCUUGAAAACAUGUCAUUUUAGUUUAACUGGUGGCAGUGUUUGAUGUACCUCGUUGGUUCUGUUAGAGCAAUGUACGACCACAGACUUUGCGUUGCUACAUGUGCAUCCCCAUGUGCAUUGACUGCACGUUGCACAGUCAUUCCAAUAUGUGUGUGAUCAUUGUUUGCUAAAUAUUUUAUUAACUUUUAUUAUUUUCUUAAACAAAUAUUUUGUACAUGACAAAUAUCCAGAAGCAGCUGCUGACAGAAAUAAACGUAUGUUUUGAUGAAGAUGCUGCCUAGAUAGGUUAAAUUCUGACAUGUGAUGUUUGGUGUACAAGUAAGGUCACAGAAAAAAGGUCAAAUUAAAAUGAUAUUGAAACCUUAAAAUCUCUCUGGAUAAUUAGUAGUCUGUCGGGGGGUUUUCAAUCUCUAUGGAGGUCAAAUUAAAAUGAUAUUGAAACCUUAAAAUCUCUAUGGAUAAUUAGUAGUCUGUCAGUGGGUUUUCAAUCUCUAUGCAUAAUUAGUAGUCUGUCGGUGGGUUUUCAAUCUCUCUGGAUAAUUAGUAGUCUUUCAGUGGGUUUUCAAUCUCUAUGGAUAAUUGGUAGUCUGUCGGUGGGUUUUCAAUCUCUCUGGAUAAUUAGUAGUCUGUUGGUGGGUUUUCAAUCUCUCUGGAUAAUUAGUAGUCUGUCGGUGUGUUUUAAUCUCUCUGGAUAAUUAGUAGUCUGUCGGUGGGUUUUCAAUCUCUCUGGAUAAUUAGUAGUCUGUUGGUGGGUUUUCAAUCUCUAUGGAUAAUUAGUAGUCUGUCGGUGGGUUUUCAAUCUCUAUGGAUAAUUAGUAGUCCGUCGGUGUGUUUUGUAAAUGGACUGAAUUUUCACAAGAUGUUUCUGCAAUGUCCAUUUAUCUUUUCGUAAAAUUUACAAAGCAAUAUUAAAAACAUAGGCAACUGUUCAAGUGUUGAUAUUACACGAAUAUUCUCUUUCCAGUUCACCUAUACCUGAUCAUGUGACUAAUGGAGAAAAUGACCUUCACAUUGUACGUGAGCUGUGAGCAUGUUUCAUUACAAACACUAUGUGAGAUCUCAAGGUUACUCUGACAGUUGUACAUAUUUGCUAUCAGCUUGUGUUAUUUUAAUUCCAUUCUCCAAUAAUUUUGUUGUGAUUUGAUGUAGUGGGACAGAGCUGAGAGAGAGAGUCAUCUGUCUUAUGUUUCCAGAAUCAAAGUUGGCUGUUUAGGUUUAGACGUUUAAAGCAAAAUUACAUAUAAACUCAUUAUCAUGGUAUUCAAAAGAAAUGCAAGAUGGUAUGAUCUCAAUAUAUAUGUAGCAGUUUUAUAAGUGAUUCAGUGAUACUUCACUCGGUACGUACAGGUUCAGGAGAGGUUAUUGGUAACGAGACCGGACAGCAGCAAGGACCAUUGUGUAGACAAUGGAGCAGUCAUGUGACCCUCUUCAAACAUGGGGCCACUUACAACAUAUACUAAAUGGAUUAAUGCCACUAAGAUCAUUGAAAAAUGAAAUUACAGUGAAUAACAAGGUUAUAGAGGUUAGCUGUUUUGUUACCUGAUGAUGCUGUAUAAGUCGGUGUUAACUACCCAUUACGCUACAUCAAGGUCAUCUCGACCUCCAUGGUCACUAAGUACACUUCUAACUCUUGGUGUGCUCAGGUUGUGAACAGUAUAGUGUAAACACUGAACAACAUACCGUAAAUCACCUUCAUCUUGCUGUUGUGCUUAAACUGGUGAGAAUUGGAACUUGCAGAAGGAACUAACAAAUAUGGGUCUCUUUAUGUCCCAAGAAAAAUCAUUUUGUUUACAGUCCUCUUAGAUAAACUUGACUACUACACCUUAAACAUUUUCAUCCUUCACGGUGUACCAUUAAUUACACUGGUACAAAUGUGAACACACAUGCUUACCCUGGUACACAUGUGCUUACACUGGAACAAAUGUGUACACAUAUGCUUACCCUGGUACACUUGUGCUUACCCUGGUACAAAUGUGUAUACACAUGCUUACCCUGGUACACAUGUGCUUACCCAGGUACAAAUGUGCUUACACUGGUACAAAUGUAUACACACAUGCUUACCCUGGUACACAUGUGCUUACCCUGGUACAAAAGUGAACACACAUGCUUACCCUGGUUCACAUGUGCUUACACUGGUACAAAUGUGUACACACAUGCUUACCCUGGUACACAUGUGCUUACAUUGGUACAAAUGUGCUUACACGUGCUUACACUGGUACAAAUGUGUAUACACAUGCUUACCCAGGUACAAAUGUGUACACACAUGCUUACCCUGGUACAAAUGUGUACACACAUGCUUACCCUGGGACAAAUGUGAACACACAUGCUUACCCUGGUUCACAUGUGCUUACACUGGUACAAAUGUGUAUACACAUGCUUACCCUGGUACACAUGUGCUUACCCUGGGACAAAUGUGAACACACAUGCUUACCCUGGUACUCUCAUGUGCAUACAUAAAAAGUUAACAUGGAACAUAUGUAUACACACAUGCUUACCCUGGUACACAUGUGCUUACCCUGGUACACAUGUGUUUUCCCAGGUACAAUUUUGUAUACAUGUGCUUAUUCACCUUUCACUUCAGAAGUUGAUAAUGGAAUAACUACAUCAUUUACAUUCCUCUGAUUCACUUGUUAUAAAGAUGUCUGUAACAUUCAGUAAAUGGGGAGUAAAGUCACAUAUCAUCAGUCAGGAUGGUAACCUACAAUGAACCAUAGGAGUUCAAUUUCUCACAUCAAUUCAAAUACCGCUUACUUGUAAAUGUUUUGAAAGCCAUUAUGAUUUUUUCCCUUGAAGGACGAGUUUCGAAUCCACAUCUGUUGAUUAUAUAUAUGUGGACAUAUUUUGUUGCUCCUACAAGGCUAGAAAAUAAUGGCAUUCAAACACUUUUUAAACCUUUUGGAUCCUAAAAUUGUAAUAAAUUGACACGGUAGUAGCAAAAUCUUGAAUGUAGUUUUUCCCCCCAAGGUACAUUAUCAAUAUACCCAGGUAAAAAAAUCUUCGAAUUUAAAAGUGUAACAUAUCACUUCAAUAGAUUAUUUCUUUCUUGCUAGAAAAUUGACCCUGAAGACCAUUAUUUAUCUUGGUCAGGGUUUUGAAUAAGUCUUGCAAAGCUGAAGUGCCUAUGAAGUGUUUCCUAUGUGACUCUCUGCUACCAUUAUUGUAACUAUGUGAGAAUAUAACUAACACAGGUCACCCAGCAUGUCAACUGUUAAUACAUGGUAGGUUGUGUUAGGUUGACUGUUACACACUGUAUGUUGUGAGAAGUUGACUGUUUCACACUGUAUGUUGUGUGAAGUUGACUGUAACACAUUGUGUGUUGUGUGAAGUUGACUGUUACACACUGUAUGUUGUGUGGAGUUGACUGUUACACACUAUGUGUUGUGUGAAG